CAUACAUGAGGCCAAGAAGCACGGCGGUUCAUAUUGCAAAAAUCGUGGCUGUCACCUUAGUAACAAUGACCGUGAUCCUUGGAAGCUUCAUCCUUGCAACAGCCUGGGUCCAUGCUCGAGCAACUUGCAGCGUUGAAUCAAUUGCUGCUAUGCAGGCUGAAUUGAGGCUGCAACAGCAAGAGCAACAACAACAGCAACAAGCUACUUCCGUUUCCUAUCAGCAAGGUGAACUUUUCAAUCAUCUGAAACCAGAAGCUCUCAUCCAGGACACAAGCGAGACGAAGGAAGUGCAGCAGUCUCUGGCUGAGCAAACACCUUCGAAGAAGGAGGCAGAGCCAGACACCAAGGACAUCAAAGUCCGCAAGGAGGAUGAGAACAAUUCAAAGUCAGAUAACGAUAGCGGUGACCAUGAAGACGACGACGAUGACUACGAUGACGACGAGUUCCCACCUGUGCACAUCAAGCUGCCUCUGCAAUUUGAUUUCGACGAAAUUGCAGGCACUUUGAUUCAAGAGGCACGCAGCAGAGUUUCUUGCGUGGUUGAGAGACGAAGGGCGGAUCAAGUGAUGGACGGUGCUAAUAACAAUAAUCUUGAUAGCAAUAAUACCGAUUCCCGUUAUCAAAGGUUGAGCGGAGAACGCGUUGCUAUUCUGUGCGAAUCUGGCAAUCCUCAGCAAGAACAACAAGAACAAGAAAUGCUCACACCGAUCAUCAUUCCUUUGGGAACCGUUCAAGUACCUCUUCAAUCUCAGGAGCCAAACCCAGCCUACCAUCAGUACCAAGUGCACACUCAAUAUCAAGUUCCUGACAUGCAGCAGUUGCCACUUAGCGAUCCACGCGGACUGAAUCACAUCCCACCUGGUAUGCUUCCUCCUGAAUUACGAAACCUUCCUCAGGUAACUAUGGAGAUGAGACCACCGCAAAUGGUGCCACAGACGCCCGCGAUGGGACCGCAAGCCCCCGCGAUGGGACCACAAAUUGAGAUGCGUCGAAUUCCCAUCGAAUUGCGUCACUUCCCAAUGAAUCCUAUGAGAGGUAUGCGACCACCGAUGCCCCAGGAACCGCAACAAGUGCCCGUGAUGUAUCAACAAGUCGACCAAACAUCUGGAACGUACGGCCAAGAGCAAGGUCCAGCGAUGAUGCCUCCUCCAGCACCACAAUCAGAAGCUCAAGUUCACGAGCAAAGGAUUAUUCCCCACGUGUUGAUCCCACAAACUGAACAACGACCACCUCAGAUGCAACCUCAAGUGCAGCCUCAAAUGCAACCUCAACCUCAACCUCAACCUCAGCCACAGCCGCAGCCACAGCCUCAAGUUACUGAGACACAACGUUCGCCCUUCCAAGGAAUUCCGUUCGAAAUUCGAAGGAUCAUCCAACAGGUGCCUUUAGAGAUCAAGAAUAUCAUUCAGCAUAUCACAGGUGAGGCUAGACCAAUGCCCAUACAAGUACCUGAAGGAGCUCGCCGUGAGAACGUUCAAGAAUUCAAACCGUUCCCGGAAGGAGCACAACCCAUUCCUCUUGGACUUCCACUUCCGGUAGAGGUACGAAAUCUAUUGGAGCAUGGAAAUAUCGAGGGUCGUCAGCGACCGGAUAGUUCCAGCGAACAACAGGAAGCUAAACCUUUCCCGGGACCGGAAGAGGACAGCGAGGAGGAAAGAAACUUUCCUGUACCGGCAGAAAUUCGUAACAUAAUUCACCAGGUAGUAGAGGGCAAUACUUUCUCAGUGCCAAGAUUCCCUCUGCCCUUGAGACCUGUAGAAUCCUUGGAAAUACCAGUGGAGGCUCGUGCUGAAGUUUCCGAUAGCCAAAGCUCUGAACAAGAAUCAGAACAACGACAGCAGGAACAACAAACCACUCAUUUGUUGUUACAACAACAGCAACAACAGCAAGCGCAACCACUGCACGAGCAAGAAGAAGAAAGUCGUCCACAUUAUGUGCAACCACGUUCGGUGCGCUCCAUCCCAGAGGCAUUCACCCAUCGCCGCGAGAAACGUGUACGCCGUUGCGCUUGUGAUUGCGCUUGUUAAUUCCACUUGCAGCGCACCGGAUCGAAUGUCCCAUCGUACCCGGUCAAAGAGGUUGCCCCAAAAAGAAGAAAAACAUCUCGAAACAUGUUUGACGAGUUCUUGUAACCCGAAAGAACAUUUUUCAGGUGUUCCCAACAACACAUGAACCUUUUUCUCCCCAUGAAAUUUCAUAUUUUUGUAAAUUUAUACAAGUAAAUUCGACCAGGUAUAUACCUCACUUUGCAGAAAAGAAAAUGGGACGAGAGUUGCAGAGAUUAAAAAGCGUUUCGUUAAGUCUAUAUAUAAUAGUAUUAUCGCGUUAUAAAGCAGCAAACCCACGAACGUGUUUUAUUUAGGCUGUUCACGGUACGAUGGAAGCAAAUAAAAUGAUAAAAAUAAGAGAGUAUACGUGGCUCAUAAGACACCGUAGAGAGUAGACAUUUAUAACGAGAGAGAUUCACCUACAAAUAGAGGGAAGAAGAUCCCACUGAUUACGAGUGAUAUUCUCUUUCAACUAACACGUCUCCGUCGGGGGAAACGCAAUAACUUCUGUCAUUACAAUUUCUUCUUCUCGUGAUAAUAAUAACAAAUGCAUACAGCGAGAAACUGAGAGAUACGAAUAGAUCUGUGAUCGUUUCUUUCAUUCUCGUUGAAAAAAAAAAAAAAAAUGAAAAAGAA